AUGUUUACUCAAGUUAAAAAAAGAUUCUUUCAUCAAUCACGUCCAAUCCUUGCUGAUUUUUCCCAUGUUGUCAUUGGGGGUGGUGUUGUAGGUACGGCAGUUGCAGCUGAAUUACAAUUACAACCAGGAAGUAAUGUUCUUUUAUUAGAACAACAUGGUGCCUUGGGUUCUGAAACUACUUCGAGAAAUUCUGAAGUUAUUCAUGCUGGGAUUUAUUAUCCAAAAGAUACAUUAAAAGCCCAACUUUGUAUUAAAGGAAAACAAAGGAUUUAUGAAGCGUUUGAAAAAGGACAUUUUCAAAGUGUUCAAAAAUGUGGAAAAUGGGUUGUUGCUCAAAAUCGAGAAGAAGAAGAAUAUUUAUUUGCAAUUUUUAAUAAUGCAAGAGAUUUGAAUGUUCCUGUUACUUUAUUACCUAGAAAUCUUGCUAUGAAAAAACAUCCAUUAAUUCAUGUUGGACAAAAUGUAUUAGUAAGUCCAACAACCGGGAUUCUUAAUGUUCAUGAUUAUGUAUUAUUCCACGAGGGUAGAUUUGAAAAUGCCGAAGGAACCAUUUCCUUAAAUUCAAAAGUCACGGCAUUAGAACGUGAAAACAAUGAAUAUAAAAUCACCGUCCAAGACACCGAAUCUCAAGAAACCACCACCAUCACUUCUGAAAAUCUCAUCAAUUCCGCCGGAUUACACGCGGCAAAAAUCUCAAAUAUGUUAUUACCCCCUUCACUCCAUUACGAGUAUCAUUUCGCCAAGGGGAAUUAUUAUAGUUUUACCCCUGAAACCCCAGUGGGUAAAAUCUCCGAUGUAUUAAUCUAUCCUUGUCCCAAUCCCAAUGCAACCUCAUUAGGUACGCAUUUAACUUUUGAUCUUGGGGGACAAAUCAGAUUUGGACCCGAUAUUGAAUGGUUAGAUACCGAAGACCCCGAGCAGAUUGAUUAUACUCCCAAUGCAUUGAAUUUACCAAAAGCGUAUGAGGCGAUUAGGAGUUAUUAUCCUAGUUUACCCGAUGGGUCUUUAAAUCCUUCUUAUUCCGGUGUGAGACCAAAAACUGUGUCUAAGGCUAUUAAUGAAGGGAUUUCGGUGGAUUUUAGAAUUAAACAAGAAGAAGGAUAUCCUGGGUUUGUUAAUCUUAUGGGGAUUGAAAGUCCGGGGUUGACUGCUGCUUGGGGGAUUGCUGAAUAUGUUAGAGAUAUGUAUUAUAAAUAA